CGCAAGCUUCACGACGUUCAACCUCUCAUCGAUCACCAACUACACUUCCAGCCUCAAACUAGAGCCGCCGUCGCCACUCCGUUUCGUGGAUUCGAUACUGCACUUUCAAUUCUCAUCCAUCUCGCCGGUGCACCGUGCUUCCGGAACUCCCAGCCACCAGCGGAGAAGCCAAGUCUCGCUUAUCCAUCCAUCACUGAAACUGAAAAACCUAGCAACCGCUAUUCAUUCAUCAAUGGGAGGAGCCGAAGAAAAUGUAAAGCAUCUCGAAGACUGUUCUGUUGCCAAUGCAUUGGGAACUUGGGUAUUCUCUGUGGCAGGAGCUUUGCUGGCAAUUCCGGUAGGAAUUAAGCGUAAAUCUCUUGGACCUCUUGUAUUUUUUGGCACUACCGGAACUAUGCUGGAUAUUAUUAUGGGAAUUACAGCGUGUGAAAGGGAACAUGCAGAGCACCAAAUGAAGCUACUUGAAGCUCAAAAUGCUGCACCUGAAACAACUUUGUUGGAUGAGACAAAUGCUGAUUCAUGAUCUCUAUAGCUUGAUGUUAACAUUGUUGUCAAAUUUGUAUGGUCAUACAAUUGUAACAAACUAAAUGAAAUUUUAUGGCAGCAUUAUCAAAUGUGCUUUCAAUCUAUGUUUGUUGUUGGCCUUUAUGCUGCAGCAGUCUAAACAAAAAGGUGAAUAACUGAAUGAGAAAGUUUCUUAGUUUA